UCACAAAAUCAAAUACAGAUUAGCCGACGUGGUAAGCAACGUGCGGUGCAUGUCCUUAUAUACUUCUAUAUGUAUGACAUGUGUGAUUACAUGAGAUAACAUCUCUCUCUAUCUCUAUCUCUCUAUCUAUAUACGUAUAUAUAUAUAUAUCACUAGAUUACACAUAUCAACGCAACUACCCCCAAUCAUGGCUGCUUCUGCAACAUCUAAGCUCCUUGUAUCCGACAUCGCUUCCUCCGUUGAUCAUGUCCCUUCAAACUACGUCCGACCAAUCUCUGACCGUCCAAAUCUGUCCGAGGUUGAAACUUCCGGCGAAUCUAUCCCUCUAAUCGAUCUCCGGGAACUCGAUGGACCCAACCGAGCCGACAUUAUCCAUCAGUUUGCUCAUGCAUGCUCCUCUUAUGGCUUCUUCCAGAUCAAGAACCAUGGAGUACCAGAAAAGACGAUCGAGAGAAUGAUGACAGUGGCGAGAGAGUUUUUCCGCCAGCCAGAGAACGAAAGAGUGAAGCAUUACUCUACAGAUACAAAAAAGACAACGAGACUCUCAACAAGUUUCAACGUCGGCUCAGAGAAAGUCUCAAACUGGAGAGACUUCCUUCGACUCCAUUGCUUCCCUAUCGAAGAUUUCAUCGACGAGUGGCCUUCAAAUCCCGUCUCUUUCAGAGAGAUCACAUCCGACUACGCCACAAGCGUAAGAUCCUUGGUCCUGACUCUUCUUGAGGCAAUCUCAGAGAGCUUAGGCCUUGAGAAAGAUCGUGUAAGCAAUACAUUAGGCAAACAUGGUCAACACAUGGCCUUGAACUACUAUCCACCUUGUCCUCAACCCGAUCUAACGUUCGGACUUCCCGGACAUAAAGAUCCAAACUUGAUCACUGUUCUUCUCCAAGACGAAGUCUCUGGUUUACAGGUCUUUAAAGAUGGUAAAUGGGUCGCUGUUCAUCCUGUUCCCAACACUUUUAUAGUCAAUAUCGGCGACCAAAUGCAGGUUAUAAGCAAUGACAAAUACAAGAGUGUUCUCCAUAGAGCGGUUGUGAACAGCGACAAGGAGAGGAUAUCGAUACCAACAUUCUACUGUCCUUCUGCAGAUGCUGUGAUUGGUCCACCACAAGAACUGAUCAAUGAGGAAGAAGGCUCUCCUGCUGUUUACAAAAGCUUUACAUAUGCAGAGUAUUAUGAAAAGUUUUGGGACAGAGCACUUGCAACUGAGAGCUGUCUGGACUUGUUCAAAGUUUCUAAAAUCUAAGUUUCUAAAGUCAUGACUUGGUUCUUUUAGUUAUUGACAGGAAUCUAAAUACCCAUUUGUGUUACCAUUUCAAGAUCAGUAAUUUCUUUCUUCGUC